UAGGCCAAUUUCUGGGUACUAUAGCAAGGAACGGUGGGCUAUGUUCUUUGAGUCAUAAGGAUUGGAGAUAUGUGAAGAAGGAAAAGAAACUAGAUAUUCUAAAUCAAGUGAAGAAAAAGUUUCUCUACCACCAAAGUUGUGAGAAGUGGAUUUUCAAGUCGGCGGGAAGAAAAUGGAAGGACUACAAGUGCAGUUUAAAGGCUAGGUAUUUUGAUGACCUUGCAAGUCUUGAUGAAAUGUACAAAAAAGUUCUAGAAGAUAUAGUGCGAGAUCAAUGGAUUUCUCUUGUAAACUUUUGGAAAACUGAAACAGCCAAGCUUCGAAGUGAGAAAAACAAAAGAAGUCGUACAUUGCAAGAAACAACACAUACUGCAGGGACAAAAAGUUUUGCACGAGUUGCUGCCGAGAUGAAGCAAAAACAUCUGGAGAGGAAAGAGUCAACACGUUCUGAAGUCUAUCUCAAAACUCAUAAGUACAAGAAUGGAGAUUUUGUGAAUGAUAAGUUAGCCGCUGAUCUACAAUCUAAGAUUAUAGAAAAUCAAGAAUCCUCGAACUCGCAUGGACGUGUAGCAUGGGAGGGUGAUGCAUAUUCUGAUGUGAUAGGAAAAGAUAAGUAUGGAUAUAUGCGUGGUGUGGGAUUAGCUCCCUCACCAUCUGAGCUACUAAAGCCAAUGAUUUCUUCUCGCUUUGAUGGCAUACAAAUAACAACAUUGGAUGAGACUAUCUGAAAGAAACAUGCGUCAAAUGAAAGAGGAAAUUGAGAAAUUGCAACAACAAUUGUGAAACCAAAAUGAAACUAUUGUGGAAUUGAAAAACAAAAUGCAGGACUUGGAGCCUAAUGGUCAAUUUAGACAG